UUUUUUUUUUUUGUGUGAAUUUUUGUUAACCCUUUUCCUAACCUUAACCUAAUUAUCCUAAGCUGCUAGGUUAAUUAUUCUUACCUGUUGCGUAAGGUCUCCUAACCUGCUUCGAAAAGUACAUUCUGACAAACUCCAUCCCUUCUUGCCAAGAUGGUGCGAACUAUUCUGUCGACAGUCCAUAUAACUUCCUGUUAAGAGAGAAGCAAAAGAGGAGGAAGUCAUGGCGACAACAGAAGGACACGAGCCCCCUCGGACUCGAAGAAAUAGUAAUAAAAACAUCCUUACAAGGAUCAUACAUGGACAAAGCUCUGGCCGGGCAAUUAGUCGAGCGACAGAGAUAUCUGAGGCCCUACUCCAGGAAAGAGACCAACAGGGCCAGUGGCAUGGGAUUCCAGUGCUGCUGCAGAGACUGUAUGACAGCAGUCACCUCAACAGUGACCUCUCCCAGAUCCACUCUAUCAUCAAGGAAGUGUCACCUUUUCUCUCCAUGGAGGCUAUGUCGUUUGUGACAGAUGACAGGAGAGCAGUGCAGAAGUCCACCUGUCCCAACACAUACACCUUUGACCUCUUUGGAGGCAUUGAUUUACUAGUGGAGAUUCUGAUGAGACCCACCCUUACCACACAGACCAAUGUCCCUAAAAUGAGUGAUGACCUUGUCAAGGAUUGUUUAAGUGUUCUGUACAAUUGUUGUAUAUGUAUGGAAGGAGUCACGAAAAGUCUGGCAUCACGAGAUGACUUUGUCAUGUUUUUGUUUACACUGAUGUCAAACAAGAAAACGUUUUUGCAAACAGCCACAUUGAUUGAGGACAUUCUAGGGGUCAGGAAGGAGAUGAUCCAGCUGGAGGACAUCCCCAACCUGCCAAGUCUGGUCCAGAGCUUCAAUCAGCAGCAGCUAGCCAACUUCUGCCGCAUCCUGUCAGUCACCAUCUCUGAGCCAGACAUGGGCAACGAUGACAAGCACACGCUGCUGGCGAAGAACGCCCAGCAGAGGGCCAACCCCUGCCCGUCCCACUCUGAAGUCAACCAGGUGGCCCUGCUGAACAUCCCGGGCUUCAUUGAGCGGCUAUGUAAGCUGGCCACCAGGAAGGUGUCGGAGGCCUCGGGGCCAUCCAGCCUGCUGCUGGAGCUUCAGGACUGGUACACCUGGCUGGACAACGCCCUGGUGCUGGACGCACUCAUGCAGAUGGCCACAGAGGAUGCCGAGCAGAGCAGCACAGAUUCCUCAGACGAGAGUUCUCUGGCCACCAGCCCUCUCAGACACCGUCUGCCCCAGUCCAUGAAGAUUGUUCAUGAGAUCAUGUACAAGGUGGAGGUGCUCUAUGUGCUCUGUGUGCUACUCAUAGGCCGCCAGAGGAACCAGGUUCACAAAAUGCUGGCAGAGUUCAAACUGAUUCCAGGACUUAACAACCUGUUUGACAAGCUGAUCUGGAGAAAGCAAACGUCUUCCCAUGUCCUCCAUGGCCAGAACCAAAACUGUGACUGCAGCCCGGAGAUCUCCUUUAAAAUCCAGUUUCUACGAUUACUCCAGAGCUUCAGCGACCAUCAUGAGAACAAGUAUCUCCUCCUGAAUGCUCAGGAGCUGAAUGAACUCAGUGCCAUCUCUCUGAAAGCCAGCAUUCCUGAGGUGGAGGCUUUUGUCAACACGGACAGAAAGCUAAUCUGUGAUGGUAAAAAGGGCCUCCUGACACGGCUACUUUCAGUCAUGAAGAAAGAACCGGCUGAAUCCUCAUUUAGGUUCUGGCAGGCGAGGGCGGUGGAGAGCUUCCUGAGAGGGGCCACCUCCUACGCUGACCAGGUGUUCCUGCUCAAGAGAGGCCUGCUGGAGCACAUUCUGUUCAGCAUCAUAGACAGUGGCUGUAAGUCCAGGGACGUGCUGCAGAGCUACUUUGACCUGCUGGGGGAACUCAUGAAGUUCAACAUCGACGCCUUCAAGAGGUUCAACAUAUACGUCAACACCGAGGAGAAGUUCCAGAUGUUUAUGACCCAGAUCAACAGCUCUCUGGUGGACUCCAACAUGCUGGUGCGCUGCAUCAUCCUGUCCCUGGAUCGCUUUGAGAGCCAGAUUGAGGAUGUGAGCGUUAUGGAGGUGCUGUCAGAGUGCAGUCUGCUGUCCUACAUGGCCCGCGUGGAGAACAGACAGGCCUUCCUCUUCAGGCUCGUCAACAUCAUCAAUGUGCAGAUACUCACCCAGGAGAAUGUGAGCUGUCUGAACACCAGCCUGGUGGUGUUGAUGCUGGCCAGGAGGCGGGACAAACUGGCCUUCUGUCUCAACGCCCUGAGGGAGAAGGAGUACGCUGAGAAAUACCCUGGCUGCCUGCUCAACAACUUCCACAACCUGCUGCGCUUCUGGCAGCGCCACUACCUCAACAAGGACAAGGACAGCACCUGUCUGGAGAACAGUUCCUGUAUAUCCUUUACCUACUGGAAGGAGACUGUGUCGAUUCUGUUGGAUUCAGACCCGACUUCACUAUGUGCCAUAGCCAGCUACAUCGACGAGGCCUACAUGGAUCUGGGCAGAGACUUUCUGGAAGUUUAAUACCUUGGAUGCUGCCUCUGGAUGGAUGGAUGGAUGGAUAGAUAAGAGGAGAGUCAAUGUCUCCACUCACCUACAAACUGAACAGAUCUGAGCUCUCACUCCUCCACAUAGCUGUUAUUCAGGGAUCCUUAGGUCUACAGAAUGACUGUGUGCAUAGUUUUGGGUGUGUGUGUGUUAGGUGUAGGAGUGGUUACUUGUGUUGUGUGUGUGUGGAGCUGUGUUGGGGUGUAUAACAUGCCAGACUUGGCGUUUCUGUUCUAUUGUAGCUGUGGAGGAGAAACAGUCAGCCAAUCAGCAGCCCCAGAGGACUGAGGUUCCUUCAGCCUUUCACUAAUAGUAUGGAUAGGAUCUCUCCUACCCUCUGGUUAAAAAAACAAACCCCACGUCAUAGUGUCGCCAAAAUGUACAUGGUGAUUACAUUGGCAGAUGGUACAGAGUACUUACAACUGGUAUACCUUUUUGUGGCACAAUUUCAGAGAUUCGCAAAUCAAAUUUAUUUAUAUAGCCCUUCUUACAUCAGCUGAUAUUUCAAAGUGCUGUACAGAAACCCAGCCUAAAACCCCAAACAGCAAGCAAUGCAAAUAAUUGUCUAGUGUAAUAGUUCUACAGUAAGGAAAGGUUAUAACAAUCAGUUUGUUUGCCGAUGUAAUGCAUGUAAUUACAUUUUGAUGUGCAGUCACACGAACACGAUGUAUAAGUACACUGACUGGAAGAAAUACAUUACUCUACCAGUAUGUUAAUGUUUUAGGGACAUUGAGGCCUAGAUUCAAUCAGAUCAAGUUUUAACCGGUGAUGGCCGACACCAGCAUAGCUGAUGUUUCUUUGGGAGGUGUAACUGUGUUGAAGCUGUCAAAUUGGUGCUCUUGUGAUCCUUGCCACAACGUCCCACUCGCUUUAAUGUUCAGAACAAGAACGUGUAGGCUAUAUAGAAAUAAUGAUGCUCACAUAGAAAUCCUAAUUUUGGUGAAUGAUUUUCAAUCAGCUUAAUGGAGGUGUAGAUUACAUCUCACAUUCCAGUGCUCAAACUUGUAAACAAGGCUGUGUGGGAUUUAUCUUAAUGGGACUCCGUGCAGCCAAUGGCAUUGUCCGCUUUAGGUAUAAUGUCUGGAGCCGCUUGUGGAUUUGACAGCUCUUAACGCAGUUCCACUGACCAGAAAACAACCACUAUGUGGAUCUAAUUGAAUAGAGCCCUUAAUAGAAGACCAAAAUAUCAAUAUUUCAGGGACAAGCAAUAGUUUUAUUUUGUUCUAAAAAGAGGCUAUUUAAAGAAAUGCAUCAUAACAUGAUCCCUGUAAAUGACAAAGGAUUUAGGACGAGGUGGACACAAGGCUCAGGACUCACCAGAUGAAUGAAUUAGUUAUGUCCAACACACACAGGAGUCCUGACUGGCAUCCUUAAUGGUGGAAAAGGUGCUUCACUUACAGCAUGAGGAUCCUAAACGUGUCCAUUCUCAGGAAGUGUGGGUCUGUAUGUGACACUGGGCCCACCGGGUUUUGUUCUGCAUAGAAAAGUCUUGGGCUCACCAAACACUAUAAAUAUUUUUACAUUCAGGAUGGCGAAACGUUUUCAGUGUAAACUUAAAACAAUUAAAAAGCAGAUCGUAUGUAGAAAAGAUAAUGGACCUAUAUUUUUUUUAAAUAGAUCUUUGAGAACUAACAAAUCACCAAAAUAUAAAUUAAUUAAAUCUAAUAUUUUCAAAAAUGACGCUUUCAUGAGUAUUUUUAUGACAUGGGACCACCACUAGCUUUAAAAACUGCAACAUUGCGGGCAAGAGGGCCUCAGAAAUUUCCGGUCAGCGACUGUGCCAUUGACCAUGCCCACCACCUAAGCCCCAAUUUGAUGCAGAAAAAACCCUGGUCUGUCUGAGCCCAUCUCAGAGAGGGUGUUUGUGUUCAUCUAAUACACAGGUAUCACCACCACCCUCUAACUUCACCUUGUUAAGCGAAUGAGGAAAUAAAACAGAACAACUUUGAA